CCGCUCAGCUUCUGUUAAAUUCCUGGUGUGUAAAACAACAGGACGACAGGACAGUGCGUGAAGGACUCUGACCUGGUUCCCAUGGCUCCAGCCACGGUGACCAUGCGAAGGUUGAGGAAACUCUGGGAGGAUGAGCACACACACUCGCUCGGGGUGGACAGAGGAGAGGGCCGGUCGGUGAAAGAGCCACCUGUCCCUCCAAGGAAGCUGGCCCAUUCCAUAGAGGAGAUCUUGAGGACUUCGACAGGUGUGCGAGAGGAGAGGCACCGCAGGUUGUCUGUUAUCAGAGAGAACAAGCAGAUUCAUGCCCCGCCGUCCUUCACUGAAUGGACCGUACAGCAUUCUGUAACCCCGGCCUUUGGCUGGGUCUGUGACCCCGCAUCCCCUCACCACGGCCGAGGGCCCACCACUCCCUACCCUGGGGAGGACAGGGGUGCCGAGCUGGGGGUGUCCGGGACAGCCUGCCCUGGUCUCAGCCAUGUGCAGAGGAGAAGGAGGCAAACCAGGGUCAGCUUCUCUGCCUCCCAGCUAGAGGAGCUGGAGAAGCUGUUCCAGGAAAACCAUUACCCAGACGUCAACCUCAGAGACCAGCUAGCCUCUCGGCUGCAACUCACUGAGGAGAGAGUACAGAUUUGGUUUCAGAACCGCAGGGCCAAAUGGAGGAAAGCAGAGAGUCAGUGGGAUCUGGAGAUGGUGACCAGAGACCAGAUCCACACAUCCAAACUGGGCCUUCCUCAUCUGCAGGGUGAAGAGUCUAGGUCUCUCAUAUCAGCCGCUUCCUCAGCGGGGUACAUCCACCCAGCACGUCUGCUAGCACCCUGUCCCAAGGACAACAGCUUCCUGACAGCUGAAUGGGCCCCAGCCUGCUUACCUAAAACCUUUCAGCCAAUAGCCUUGCACCUGCCCCCUCCCCGACCUCCCCUCUGCAACCCUUGGACCUUCCACCCCAUCCCCAGAUACGCCCUCAGCUGACAGGAAAAAAACAGGACCACAUUGAACCUCAAAGAACACUGUAUCAAUAUCCACUGGAAAUACCCUUCUGGAACUGUUAAGCACAGCCUGGUGUUGAGGUGGAGUUGUGUUGAGUUGAGAUUGUGAACAGAUUAUUAAAAAGGAAGUGAGGAAGGAAGAGUUGUACAAUUUACUUUUUGGUGUCUACACACACUUGCUACUAUUAUGAUAGUUUUUUUACAUAUCUAUAUAUCAACAAAACAUCAAUGUCUUUGUUGACACUAUAUACAAUUUAAAUCUGUUUUUCAUUUUAGGGGAUUCAGUUUUGUUGAUCAUUGUCAGUUGACUGUUUUUUUUUG